UCAGCCUGGCCGCUUGCCACGGGCCGCGGUCGCGCCCGUUGCGCCUCCAAGGCCACCGGGGUGCCUUUGUUUCCCCGAGGGGUCCCCACGCUCGGCGCCAGGAUGGCGGAAGCUCACCAAGCCGUCGCCUUCCAGUUCACCGUCACCCCCGAGGGUUUGGACUUCCACCUGAGCCGCGAGGCCAUCAAACACCUCUACCUCGCCGGACUCUCGUCCUGGAAGAAGCGUUUGGUUCGCGCCAAGAACAGCUUCUUGACCGGCGUCUACCCCGCCUCGCCGUCCAGCUGGAUGGUGGUGGUGAUGGCCACCGCCGGCUCCUUCUACUGCCACGUGGACCCUUCGCUGGGGAUGAUCGCCCGCAUCCGCCAUUGCCUGCCCCAAAGCCGCUUCCUGAGCGACGCGAGCGGAACGGCGCUGAGCGCCGUGGUCUUCUCCACCGGCGUUUGGCUCUCGGCCGUCGUCCUCUUCCGGCAGACGCUCAAACUGCUGCUCUCGUACCACGGGUGGAUGUUCGAACCCCACGGCAGAAUGAGCCGCAGCACCAGGAUCUGGGUGGCGCUGAUGAAGCUGCUGUCGGUGCGGAAGCCGCUGCUCUACAGCUUCCAGGCGGCGCUGCCCAAACUCCCCGUCCCCACCGUCGAGGCCACCGUCCGCCGCUACCUGGAGUCCGUGCGGCCGCUUUUGGAUGACACAGAGUACCAUCGGAUGGAGGUUUUGGCCAAGGAGUUCCAGGAGAAGACAGCUCCGCGGCUGCAGAAGUAUCUGAUCCUCAAAUCCUGGUGGACCACCAACUACGUGAGCGAUUGGUGGGAGGAGUACAUCUACCUGCGUGGCCGCAGUCCGCUCAUGGUCAACAGCAACUAUUACGCCAUGGAUUUUCUCUACGUCACUCCCAGCCACGUCCAGGCUGCCCGCGCCGGGAACGCCGUCCAUGCCAUGCUGCUCUACCGCCGCAAGCUGGACCGCGGCGAGAUCCCCCCCAUGAUGGCACUGGGCAUCGUUCCCAUGUGCUCCUACCAAUCGGAGCGGAUGUUCAACACCACCCGCAUCCCCGGCAAGGAGACAGACACGCUGCUGCACUUGGUGGACAGUAAGCACCUGGCGGUCUACCACAAAGGUCGCUUCUACAAAGUGUGGCUCUACUACGGGGGACAACUGCUGCGCCCCCGAGACCUGGAGAUGCAGUUCCAGCGCAUCCUGGAUGACCCUUCGCCCCCUCAGCCCGGGGAGGAGAGGCUGGCGGCGCUCACCGCCGGGGAGAGAGUGCCCUGGGCCGAGGCGCGAGCCCGGUUCUUCAGCCAAGGCAAGAACAAGACCUCAUUGGAGGCCAUCGAGCGCGCGGCCUUCUUCUUGACGUUGGAUGAGGAGGAGCACGGCUACAGCCCCGGCCGCGAGGGCUGCAUGGACGACUACGCCAAAUCCCUGCUGCACGGCCAUUGCUACGACCGGUGGUUCGAUAAGUCCUUCACGUUGGUGGUCUACAAGAACGGGAAGUUGGGCGCCAACGCUGAGCACUCCUGGGCCGACGCCCCCAUCAUCGGGCACCUCUGGGAGUUCAUGCUGGCGACGGACAAAUUCCAGCUGGGGUACACCGAGGGGGGGCACUGCCGGGGGGACCCCGACACCCGCCUGUCUCCCCCCCAGCGCCUCCAGUGGGACCUCACCGAGGAGUGCCGCGCGGCCAUCGAGAGCUCCUUCCGGGUGGCGAAGGCCUUGGCCGACGAUGUGGACUUCUGCUGCUUCCAAUUCAGCGCCUUCGGCAAAGGGCUCAUCAAGAGGUGUCGGACGAGUCCCGACGCCUUCAUCCAAAUCUCCCUACAGCUCGCGCACUUCCGAGACAAGGGCUGCUUCUGCCUCACCUAUGAGGCCUCCAUGACGCGGCUCUUCCGUGAGGGCCGGACGGAGACGGUGAGGUCCUGCACCACCGAGUCCACCGCCUUCGUGCGCAGCAUGGUGGACGCCCGGCAGACCCGAGCCGAGCGCCAGCGCCUCUUCAAGGUGGCGGCGGAGAAGCACCAACACAUGUACCGCAUGGCCAUGACCGGCGCCGGCAUCGACCGCCACCUCUUCUGCCUCUACGUGGUGUCGCGGUUCCUCGGCAUGGAGUCCCCCUUCUUGGCCCAGGUGCUGUCGGAGCCCUGGCGCCUCUCCACCAGCCAGACCCCCCAGCAGCAGCUCAAGAUGUUCGAUCUGGACAAGUUCCCCGACCACGUCUCCACCGGCGGCGGCUUCGGCCCCGUGGCGGAUGAUGGCUAUGGGGUGUCCUACAUCAUCGCGGGGGAGAACCUCAUCACCUUCCAUGUGUCCAGCAAACACAGCAGCCCCCACACGGACUCGAAGCGCUUCGCGGGGAACAUCCGCCAGGCCAUGCUGGACAUCGCCCAACUCUGGGACAAACCGGCGGGGGGCAAGUGAGCCCCCCCAAAAAUGGGGGGCCAAGGGGGGACCCCCCAAGGAGCUGGGAUGGGGUGGGGGUGUGUGUGAAUGACAACUCGAGUUCAUGGCGGGGACUGGGGGUCCCCCAAAACUGGA